AUGGAAAUAACUCCUGUUACUCCUGCCGUUCAGGCUGAAAAUAAUAAAGUUUCGUCUUCCUCAAACUCUUCGAUCAACAUUCUUCACCCCCAAAUGAUCCAUUUACAAAGAAUUGACUCAGUUGAAUCUUCAGUUAAUGAUAUCAAAUCUGAAAUUCAUUCAAUUUC